AUGGUGUUCCUAGCCCUGGCGGCUACUGUGACUUUUCUGAGCUCCUGCUUGCUGCAUGUCUUUGCUGCAUCAACGCCAGCAGAAUAUGACUACGUAAUCGUGGGCGGUGGAGUCACGGGCUUGGUGGUGACCAGCCGUCUCAGCGAAGAUGCCAAUGUGACCGUACUUGUUAUUGAGAGCGGCGAGUCGGUCGACACUGAUGGCACGAUGAUUCCAUACAAGGCCAACGAUCUGACUGCAAGCGCUGGCCUUACCUGGUCUGAUCUUAAGACUCAGCCCGAGCCCGCAUCCGGCAACUCUACAUUCAAUGUAUCUGUGGCCAAAGUUCUGGGAGGGGGCUCUGUCAUUAAUGGCAUGGUGUACGAUCGUGGCUCCCCUGCUGACUACGAUGCCUGGGAAGCACUUGGAAACGAAGGGUGGGGUUGGGAUGGCGUGCUGCCCUACUUCAAGAAAGGCACCACUUUCCAAGCUCCAUCCGCAGAAGUCGCUGAUAGCUUCAACAUCACCUGGGAUCCCGAAGUAUAUGGAAGCGGCCCGCUGGCCGUGAGCAUCAGCGACACGCAGUAUCCCGACAUCAAGGGUUACUGGGAUGCGUGGAAAGCCACUGGAGUUCAUGUGCCGAUCGACGGAAAUAGUGGCGAAGCAUAUGGACCUUCAUGGUAUCCUAAUACUAUGGACAAGAACACAGGCCGCCGAGCUCAUGCACGAUAUGCCUACAUCGACCCUGUCGCUCAGCGCAGCAACUUGGAGAUCCUCACUCAGACCACAGUCGAGAAAGUGAUCCUCGAGAGCGAUACCAACACUGCGACUGGCGUACGGGUCAUCAACCACAUCGACAAUCGAACUUCAGUUAUCAAAGCCAGGAAAGAGGUCAUACUUGCCGCCGGUGCCGUUCAGACGCCGAAGCUCUUGCAGCUUAGUGGUGUCAGACCAAGAGCAAUCCUCGAGUCUGCCGCAGUAGAUGUGAAGGUUGAGCUCGAUGCCGUCGGUUCGAAUUUCCAGGACCAUCCCUACGCUACUGUGUAA